UCGAGAUCCUCUCCUCCAACAUUAGCUCAGCCUCACAUCACACCAGAGGCUCGGGUCCGGUAUCUAUCAACAACCCCUACGCGACGGGCGAACUCUACCCGAAACGGCAUUUUUUCAUCAUGUCUCAAACAGAGGCAGAGCUCAAUGAGCGCUUCGCCUCGGGAACCGAACCCCUCGAUCCCAAUGUCCUGGCCGAGCUGCAGUCCAUCAUGCGUCUGCACGACAUCUCGGCCGAGGACCUCUUCUACAAGUGGGAGUCGUACUGCAUCAAGCUGGACCUCGACGCCGCCACGAUGUCUCUAGAUACCGUCCGUGGUCUCAAGCGGGACAUACAGGAUCACCUGGAGAAAUCCACUCGACAACAGCAGGUGCAGAUCAAGACGGAGAAGAGGGUGGGUGCUACGCCGCGCGCUGCUGCCGCUCGUGGCGAUGUGUUUGGCAUGCUUGAUGGGUUGGUGCCCAAUACGCCGGGGUCUGGGUUGGGUACUGGUAGGUUGAGCAAGGUUGGCAGUGCGAGGAGGAACCCGUACGAUACGCCGUCUAUGUCGCGAGUCAAGGGGGAUCUUGUGGGCAGUUCGCCAGAUUAUAAGACGCCUUCUCGGAUGGAGGAGCAGCUGAAUGCUAUGCAGGUCCCGUCAUCAUUUAACGACCGCCCAACCCCCGGCGAGGUCAUCGAAGUCCUCAACGACCAUCUCCAACCACCCAAGCCACCGAUAUGCCCCUACCCCGAGUCCCGUAUCAAGUUGACCGCAGCCUCCGACCAAAAGAAGCUCGCCUACAAGCCCAUGGCCAUGAAGCUGUCCGAGGCGUCCGAGAUUCUCGACGACAGGAUAGACGAGUUCAUCCAGUUGACCCUGGAACACCACAACCUGGACCUUUCCGCCUUUGGGAGCGCCGCCCAGCAGAGCACGACCCCCGUCAUCGCCGUCGGCCGCAUCGCCUCUGAUUCCCCCGAGGGCAAGCUCAACGCCGCCUCCCUCGUGCUCGAGACAUCCCGCCGCACGGGUGGUGGCCAGCGGGUCGCACUCGACAUGGCCAAAGUCCGGGGCUAUAGCUUCUUCCCAGGGCAGAUUGUGGCCCUGCGCGGCAUCAAUUCCUCCGGCCACGCCUUCGUCGUCGAUGAGAUCCUCGAGCUGCCCCUUCUCCCGAACGCCGCCUCCACGCCGGACGCGUUAUCUUCCCACCGCACCAGACUCCGCGGCGAUCCCGACGCCAUGGACUCCGACGACGCCGCCUCCGAUCCGCCUCCCCUGAACGUUCUCUUCGCCGCAGGCCCGUACACGGCCGACGACAACCUCGACUUCGAGCCCCUCCACGCCCUCUGCAGCCAGGCCGCCGACACGUUGGUCGACGUCGUAGUGCUCAUAGGCCCCUUCAUAGACGCAGAACACCCCCUAAUCGCCACAGGCGACUUCGACCUUCCGAUCCCAGAAUCCGAGCAGGACGCAGCCACCAUGAACACCGUCUUCCGGCACCUCUUCGCCCCGGCCCUCCACCGCCUCACCACCGCCAACCCGAGCGUCUCGAUCCUCCUCGUCCCGUCCGUGCGCGACGUGAUCGACAAGCACGUCUCCUGGCCGCAGGACGCCCCCGCCCGGCGCGAGCUGGGCCUCCCCAAGGCGGCCCGCUUCGUUUCCAACCCCAUGACCGUCUCGCUCAACGAGGCCGUGCUGGGCCUCUCGUCGCAGGAUAUCCUGUGGGAGCUGCGCCACGAGGAGCUCGUCGUCGCGCCGCCGCGCGACCCCGUCACGCUUUCUCGGCUGUGUCGCUACCUCCUUGAGCAGCGCCAUUAUUUCCCGCUCUUUCCCGCUACGGACCGGUCUCGGCUGCCGCGGACGGGUACGGCGGAGGCGGUCCCGCCUGGUGCAAUGCUUGAUGUGAGCUAUUUGAAGCUUGGCGAGAUGGUGAACGUGCGGCCGGAUGUGAUGGUUGUGCCGAGCUUCCUUCCUCCUUUUGCUAAGGUCAUCGAGAGCGUACUGGUCAUCAACCCAGGGACCCUCUCCAAGAGACGCGGUGCAGGCACCUAUGCGCGGAUGACACUAUAUCCCCCGUCCUUGGAAAGAGGAGGGAGCGGAGGCUUGCUGAGCCAUCGUCUCUUUGACAGGGCGCGCGUAGAGAUUACGAGAAUAUAGAGAUCAGCAAUGCGUGAAAUUUAAAAUGAGAACAGGAAAAUGGGCCGGAGUUUGGUUCGUCACUUUAGGUCGGUGCAAUAAGGGUAUCUAGAAUCGAAGAGCAAGCGG